GUCAAAUUUGAAAAAUUAGUCACAGAUAAAUUAUCGUAACUCAUGGAAGUUUGCAACUGUGUAAGAUAUGGAGAAAUAGCGGAUAAAUCCAGAGUUUUUACUUUUGGCGACCUGAGACCUUCUGAACCAAAAUUACCAGUUCCAGAAAAUUCAUGCAUCUUUUGGAAAACAGUCAGAACUAGUCAUGAAGAUUAUAGACCAGAUAAGCCAAUAUUGAUUAAACAAGUCCCAAAGAAGCAAGAAGAUGAAAUAGUUGAAGCUUUUGAUACAAAAUGGAUUCCUUUAAUGAAUCACCUUAUAUCAGAACGGUUUGUGAAGGAAACUAAAAUAGUAGGGAGGCCAUUCUAAAUAAAAAACAUCUUUUUGAACUUAAUUAUAUAAAUGUUAUUUUAAUAAUUUCUCUUUUGAGACCCUGAGAGCAUUUCCAACAUAAUUCACUUUUAAAUUUGUUUUUAUCUUCUACAAACUUUUCAAAUAAUGUUACUCCUCCGCCGACUCCAAAGUAGUAUGAUUUGGCUGCAAGAAAUCUGUCAAAAAUUAAGGAAAAUAGGUUUAACAAGAAAUAAUAUAAAAUCGAUCAUAAGGAUACAUUUCACCAUCUUUCUUUAGAAGCCUUUCAAACAAUUCAUGUAAUUUCCCAUAGUUUUCUGCAUUAUAAAUUGUCUCUGAAGUGAAUAUAUAAUCAAAUUUGUCCUCAUCUUUUUCAAUACCAAUUAAAUCCGUAAACGAUUCCCAAUCUCCAGAAUGAAAACUACUUUUGCUUAAAUAAUCCUCCUCACCAUUUAAUCUGACAUUGGGUAUUGUGAUAUACUUCAGUAUUUCAGCAUUCUUAAACAAAUUCAUUUUUUGAAACAAAAUUCAAUAAAAUUAUUUGAAAUACAAUAUUUACCUACAUAAUCUUGAAAAGUACACGAUGAGCCUUUAGCUAAACAUAAUAGUCCUAUAAGGCCAGCACCACAACCAAGAUCAAGAACGUUUUUGUUAUUUAAAUUUAGAUUUUCAUCAACCAUGUAGCUGAUCAAGUCAUAAGUACAUUCCCAAAUUUUAAGUCCACCUAAAAUAAUUUCU